GCCAACCCUGAUAUUUCAUUGCGAUUAAGGACAUGGUAAGGGAAAGACCGUAAGAUAUAGUGGGUUUUUUUUGUAGUACCAACUGACGGCAAUUACCAUCUGCCAUGGCCGACACUGAAAAUCAGUCUGAGGUUGAAAACAAGCCGGCACCUGAACAAAAAGUAGAACAAAAAGAAAAGAAAAUAAUUGCUGGCCACGUAACAGGGACAGUAAAAUGGUUUAACGUUAAAAGUGGAUACGGAUUUAUCAACCGUGAUGACACAAAGGAAGACGUUUUUGUGCACCAGACGGCCAUAAUUAAAAACAACCCAAGAAAAUACCUUAGAAGUGUUGGAGAUGGCGAAAAAGUGGAGUUUGAUGUCGUCGAGGGAGAGAAGGGUAACGAAGCUGCAAAUGUAACCGGUCCAGAUGGUUCUAACGUGCAGGGCAGUAAAUAUGCCGCCGACCGAAGAAGAUUUAGGAGGGGUGGAUGGUAUCCACGUUACAGAGGAAAUGGCAGAGGAGGAGGGGGCGGUAGACCAAGACAGAAUUAUCAGGAGGAGGAGCCCAAUGUUCCUGAGUACCCAUCUCCUAGAGGCCGAAGCAACAGAGGCCAGCCAUUCUAUCAGAACAGGCGCUUCUUUGGACCACCUCGUCGUGGUGGGGCCAAUGGAGGAAGGCAGCAGUAUCUCGAGGGUCAAGGAGAAUUUCAACUUCAAAGAGACCAGGGCUAUAGAGGACGUAGACCUUUUUACAGACGCUACUAUGGGGGCCCACCACCCAGGGGAUACUAUGAAGGAUAUUAUGGUUACCAGGGUGGACCACCAAGGGGAGGUCCACGGAGGCGAGGAGGUCGUGGCCGAGGUGGCUUUAGGCGUGGAAAAGGAAGAAACGACGAUGACACUCAGACUCCAAGAGCUGAAAUAAGCAAUGACACCCUCAAGUCUGAACCCUCUUCUACCACCGUUGAGAGCAAAGAGGAGUAACAAGCAACUUUAGUAACAGAAACAAAGCAAACUUACCCAAUUGUACGACCUGUUUAUAUUUUGUGUGUCCAUGUGUGUGCUGAGACAACCCAGUGACUCAUUCGAAACACCAGCUAGUUGGUUAUCAUCUGGGAAACAGGGCUGGCUCUUUGUCUUAUCUUUACAACUAGAGAACUCUUUGUCUUGACAAGAAACAAACAAAAACAAUAGUUCAAUCCUAUUCACUUUUGACACCUGAACAAACAAUUUUUAAACUUACUGACCGACUUACCAUAUCACUAUUAAAUUUUUUUCCCAGUAUGACACCAAUCAUAGACAGACUUUAAAAGUUUGAUUAAUGGACGAAAAUGAGCACAUGUCUACGAUGUUAGUAAUGACAUUUGACAUUUUGUUAGAGACCAGAGACUUGACUGUUACAACUAUGCAAUUUUUUAAAAUCUUUUUUUUUUUCCCAAAAUUUUUUAGUGACUUUUGUAAUGUUAGGGUGUUGUUUAAGUUAAUCACGUUUGAAAGUCCACUUGCAAGUUAAGUUUUGGCUCAAAUGUACGUCAUGUUUUCUUGAAGUGUUUUAACAAUUCUUCUUAAAGCCAAAUGCAUGUGCUUAUUAAAUUUUGAUAGGUUUUU